CUUCAAGAGCCUGCAAAUCCCUCUUUCCUCCUUACUUUCACUUUUCCGAUCUUUCGAUUUGUAGAAAUGGCAAACAACGCUUCUGCGCCCGCCGGCAAGGAGGGCAUCGCUGCUCUCCCCCACACUGAGGCCCACUACUUCAACAGCUACAACCACCAUGGCAUCCACGAGGAAAUGCUGAAGGAUGAAGUACGCACAAGAAGCUACCGCGACUCGAUUUACCAGAACCCCCACCUCUUCAAGGAUAAGGUUGUCCUCGAUGUCGGCUGCGGCACCGGUAUCCUCUCCAUGUUCGCCGCUAAGGCCGGCGCAAAGCAUGUUAUUGGUGUCGACAUGUCGACUAUCAUUGGCAAGGCCAAGGAGAUUGUCGCUGCAAACGGUCUCUCCGACAAGAUCACCCUGCUCCAGGGUAAGAUGGAGGAGGUCGUUCUUCCCUUCGACAAGGUCGAUAUCAUAAUAUCGGAGUGGAUGGGCUACUUCUUGCUCUACGAAUCCAUGCUGGACACUGUCCUGUACGCUAGGGACAAGUACCUGGUCAAGGACGGCCUUAUCUUCCCUGACAAGGCCACUAUCUACGUCGCCGGUAUCGAAGACGGAGACUACAAGGAGGAGAAAAUUGGCUUCUGGGACAACGUCUGGGGCUUCGACUACACCCCUCUCAAGCACACCGCCCUGACUGAGCCCCUCGUCGACACUGUCGACAUCAAGGCCGUCGUCACCGACCCCUCCGCCGUCAUCACCCUCGAUCUCUACACGUGCACUGUCGACGACCUCGCUUUCAGGUUACCCUAUGAGCUCAAGGUCCGCCGAAGUGACUUCGUCCACGCCCUGAUCGCGUGGUUCGACAUCGAGUUCGCCUGCUGCCACAAGCCCAUCAAGUUCUCCACUGGCCCUCACACAAAGUACACCCACUGGAAGCAGACGGUCUUCUACCUGAAGGACGUCCUGACUGUCGAGGAGGGCGAGACCAUCACCGGUAUCCUGGAGAACAAGCCCAGCGAGCACAACCACCGUGAUCUCGACAUCACCAUCGACUACAAGCUGAAUGCGAACGACAUGCACAGGCAAGCUGAGGGCACCGGCACAUACAAGAUGUGCUAAGCACGAUGGGCUGUUGUGCUAAGUAAGGCGUUAUGCUGCUCCACGCGACUGCGACGAGGCAUGAAGCACGUGGCAUGUGCAUUUGAAGGACCCUUAUAUAGAACCUUGAUAAGAGGUCUGGCGUUGAAUGGGGUUAUUGAAUUCGGGCAAAAAUACCUAGGGUAGCAUCACCAUGAUUUACGAAGAAGGGACCAAAUUUACGAUUGGGAAUUCCUCCCCUACAAGACAUCAAGCUGGUUCGUUCAGAUGACACGUGAAAAUGCCUUUGGAACGGGUCUUUCCUUCCCAAAACGCCGUGUAAAUGCUUUAACAAAUCGAGUGUCGCCAGUCCGGGUCGCGUGCGCGCUC